AUGGCCGAUGCAGCAGUUGAUACUUUGUUGCAGAAUCUGAAGGGGCUACUGCAGAGCAAGGCUGAUUACAUCCUUGCAGUGAAGGAUGAAAUUCAAUCUCUCUACAACGACUUCACUUACCUGAGUUCCUUCUUGAGAGAUUCAGAGGGCAAACGCGGUGCACAUGAAGAAGUGAAAGGUCUUGUGAGAUCUAUUGGAAACAUGGCCUGCACGACUGAAGAAAUCAUUGACUCCUACGUGGUUGACAAUGUUAGUCCAAUACAUCGUAUUCGUCCCGAAAGAACUCAUUCAUCCCCAUUUGUCGAGUAUUUAGUAAAGAUAAUAAUAUCUCUUUGUAGUAUUUUUGAUUCGCCGUGUCUUCUUGGUCGUGAUAACUUAUAUGCAAAGCUCAGACCCGUCCAUAACAUUAUCGAGUUCCUUAAGGAAGGAGUUACUAAGAUUUACAACGACUUUUAUGAAAUUCACCACCCACAAGCUGGAUUUCCAUCGGACGGAAUCUCUGCAAGAUUGUACGCUCCCGAUCAAAAGGUAACUAUGGUGGGCUUUGAUGAAGAGGUCCUGACACUGACAGAGCAGCUUACACAAGGAAGGAAGCGAGAAAUUAUCUCAGUAGUUGGAAUGGCUGGCCAAGGUAAGACAACACUGGCUAGAAAUUUGUAUAAUCAUCCUUAUAUUGAGCAUUACUUCCAUAUUCGGGCUUUUAUCCACGUUACCCAGAAUUAUCAAAUGAGGGAUUUGUUACUUGCCCUUCUACGGUCCUUAAGUAUUCAACCAAAUGAGCGUCACACAUGGAGUGAGGAGGAGCCAAGUGGAAAGCUUCGUAGAGCAUUACUAGGAAGGAGGUAUCUAAUGGUCCUAGACGACUUGUGGGAUAUGAAUGUCUGGGAUCGCUUGAUUCUGUCAUUCCCAAAUGACAACAACGGUAGUAAAAUCUUGUUCACCUCUCGGCUUACUGGUUUGGCUUCGAAGGUAUUUGGUGAUGAACCUUGCCCCCCAGAACUGGUGGAUAUUGGAAAGAAAAUUGCAAUAGGGUGUCAAGGGCUCCCACUUGCACUUGUUGUUAUAGGGGGGCUUCUUGCAAACGCGAGCAAGACACAAAAAUGGUGGAAUCAAGUUGCUGAGAAUAUAACUUUUUAUGUGAUCAGUGGUGAACGAGAUUCCAUGAAUGCCCUGAUAUUGAGUUAUAACCACUUGCCUCGUCAUCUGAAAGCUUGUUUUCUCUAUUUGGGUGCAUUUCUGGAAGACAAAGAAGUCCCGGUGAGGAGGUUAACCAGGCUGUGGAUUGCUGAGAGACUAGUUGUACUACCAGCUGAUGAGCAGAAGUGCUUGGAAGAUCUAGCGGAGGAUUACUUGAAAGAUCUGAUAGGUAGAAACCUGGUAAUUAUUGGUAAAAGAAAUUCUGGUGGUGGAAUUAAAACCUGUGGACUUCAUGAUCUUUUGCGUGAGUUGUGCUUGAGAAUGGCGAAGGAGGAGAACUUCCUAAAACAAGCUUAUUACCACCGUUUAGUCCACUUUUGCUCCUCGUUCAGCCAGUCAUCUGUUGAGACUUUCUUGUCUCAGGAGGAGUAUUCCCCUAAUGUUCGCUCUGUGUUGAGCUGUGAAAUUUCAGCAAGAAACUUGUCAUCAUUAACUGAAUGGGAUGACCCAUUUAUAACGAAAGCUACCACGCUUCUUACAGUACUGGAUCUAAGUUCACUCUGCAUCUCCGAAUUCCCCAAGGGAAUAACACUACUAGUUCUCUUGAGGUACUUGUCUCUUUGGGUUGAAGUCAAGGGGCAGAAGAGUCAUCCAAUGUCAAUAGGCCACCUCAUCAAUCUAGAAACUUUUAUAUUUAGAACCAAUGAAGUGAUAACCUUCGCACGCAGCUUCUGGAAAAUGGAAAAGUUGAGGCAUUUGCUUGUACAUUCAGGUUCAUACCGUAUCUAUCAAUUUAUGGUACACAAACCCUCAAUUCUGAAAAACCUACAAAGCAUCACAUUAUGCCCCGGUAGCUCUUGCCAAAGUGCCUUGCACCGGUUUCCUAAUCUUAAAAAGCUCGUGUUUUGGGGGCCCUUUGUUUCAGAAGCAGGGUAUGUGCCAUUUCCUGACCUAUCUUUCUUAAGCUGCCUUAAAAAUUUGAAGUUGUGUCAUAAAGGGUACGAAGUCAGGAGAGGAGGCAAUCUCAAAUCGUUUUCUCUUGACAAGUUGCCUAUGAACAUCAAAAGUUUGAGUUUAGAAUAUACAGCUUUAGAUUGGAAGGAGAUAUCAAUGUUGGGGAUGUUACCCAACCUUGAAGUUCUUAAACUAAAGGACGACGCCUGCGCAGGGCCAUGUUGGAAAACAAGCGAUGGAGGGUUUCGUCGGCUUAUAUUCUUGAAGCUUUCUCUACUAGACAUUGUGGAAUGGGUUACUUGUAGUGAUCACUUCCCAUGCCUCCAGCAUAUAGUUUUGCAGAGGUGUAAAUUGCUCGAGGAAAUCCAACUUGAUCUGGAGAAUGUAUACACUUUAAAAUCCCUGGAGAUAACAAACUGCAGUGAGUCGGCUGCCAUAUGGGCUUGGAAAAUUAAAGAAGAGAAACAAAGUAUGAACAGUAAGUGUUUGAACAUCCAAAUCAACCCUCUACCAGAAUUGGCGUUUUGUGAUGAUCAGCAGAGCUCCGAUGAACAGUGGUAUGACAUUUAA